AUGGCCGCCUACAAGAGUGAGCAGGUCGACCAGUCUCUUGCAAAUAGUCAAGAUCUAAAGUUGGCCCGUAACGACAAUGAGACGAACGGAAGCUGUUCAGAUCUUGCCAUCCAAGAUGAAGUAUAUUUUCCAGAUGGUGGUAUCAACGCUUGGCGCACCGCUCUUGGUGGGUUUUUGGCAUUCAUUCCCAGCAUCGGUUUCAUGAGCGGUGGCUCUAUAUUCCAGAGCUACUACGUUACAUCGACGCUGUCCUCAACAAACCCUUCCGAUAUUGCCUGGAUUGGCAGUGUGCAGCUCUGGGGCUGCUUUGCCUUUGGAAUCUACGCCGGCAGGUUGUCUGACAGGUAUGAACCAAGCGUGCCCCUUGGGGUGGGAACUUUCUUUUUGGUUCUUGGCACCAUGAUGGCUUCUAUUUCGACGAAGUACUAUCAGUUCCUGUUAUCCCAGGGAUUUUGCGAGGUAUUAGGAAUGGGCUUGAUAUUCACACCAGCGCUGGCAAUUCAGUCCCGAUGGUUUCUGAAAAGACGCGGUUUUGUUGUUGGUGCUGUCAUGUCGGGUCAAAACGUGGGAGGUAUGUAUCUGGCCAUUUUGCACAAUUGCUGUACUUCUGUCUCCAUGGCUAAUCUUCAUCUCUCGGAAUCAGGAAUCAUCUGGCCUGUAAUGACAGAUGCGCUCCUCACCCAUGAUGGAAUGUCAUUGGGCUGGACGCUGCGCAUCAUUGGUUUCAUGCAGCUGGGUUUGAUGAUUGCCGCCGACCCUAUUAGUUCGGCCGCGGUUUCCACGAACCUCGAAAUUCGACGCGCUGCCCGUGAGAAAGUAUUUUACCGAUAA